CGGCAGUAAUUUCACAGAAGAAGACGACAUUGCAUUAUUGGAGAAAAGACGCGUGCUAGUAGCUCCUGCUUUGCUGGCAGUAAAGACAACGACGCCAGUAACUAUUAUAAAGCACGAAGGCACGUGAGAAACGUAGCUGGCUAACGGAGAUCGAAAAUUCGCUAUUUACAUCGUAGAUUUUGCCUCCGUGACAACUUUUAACUACAUACCUACGGAGCCGGAUCGCCGCCAUGUUUUUACAGUUCUACCUGAACGAGAGCGGGGAGAGAAUUUACACGCUAAAGAAGGUGGACGCAGCUGGUCAGCCCACGAGUUCGGCACACCCGGCCCGGUUCUCUCCAGAUGACAAGUUCUCCAGGCACCGAGUUACCUUGAAGAAGAGGUUCGGUCUUCUGCUCACCCAGCAGCCUCGACCCGUACUGUAACAUGAAGCAACUUUUACCCAGAUGAUAACAAAGCGCCGAGUUUUUUUUUUUGUUUUGUUUUUUUACAUCUUUUUUCUGUCUUUUCCACAUGGAACAGUGGUGUAAUUCAUUAUUAUUGAUUAUUUGAAACAAUAAAAAUGUGAGUUAUUUUGGAAAAAUGAAUUUGAUCAUUAAUUUCCUUUAAUUGUGUUCAGCACAGAGGUGCCAACCCAGUCCAUUACACAUCCAGAAUUUAUGUGAUGCCUGUAACCCAGUAGUGAUCUCCAAAAUGUUGCAAAAAAUAAAAUAAAUAGAAAAUGAA